GCCUAGUGCCCUCAGAGGUCAGGAGAGGGUGUUGGGUUCCCGAGAACUAGAGUUACAAAUGAUCGUGAGCCACUUCUGUGGUGCUGGGAGUCGAACUUAAGUCCUCAGCAAAAGCAACAAGUGAUCCAAACCACUGGGCCAUCUCUCAGGGCCCAGCAGAGCAUUCUUUGAGGCUGAGAUGGUCCCAGAAGGUGAAGGCGCAUUCCCAGUCGCAGAUGUGAGCCCAUAUGUCCAGGGCUCUGUCUGGUUUGGGUCUGGUAGGGGGAGAAACGGGAAGCAGGGAGACAAAGGAGAGCGCGUGGGAAGGGUCAGGUAGGCGGCAGGGUUUGGGAAAUGUCUGCAUAGAGCGUUGACCAAGUAGCCAUGGUCAUCUAAAGCACACUCAGAGGGAGAGCAUGAGGCAGGAGCCCGGGGCACGUCUCUUUCCUCUACGGAACUUAGGAGAACAGGCCAGGAGAGAUGGUCCAGUGGAUAAAGGUUUAUGUCAUCAAGCCAGAUCAUCACCUGAGUUGGAUCCCAGGACUCCACAGGGUGGAAGGAAAGAACGGAAGUUGUUCUCUGACCUCCAUAUGGGAGCCUGCACACACAUACACAAAGACGCACGCACGCACACGCACUCACGCACGCACACGCACACCUAUAAGUAAAUAAAUAAGUGAAUGUCAUUUUUUAAAAGGAAAACAAAAAAGCGAGGUUUUGGUGCUCCCGAGAGAGUUUGACCUCCGCACCUAGGAGACUGUGGUUGCUGAAGUCUUGCCUGCAGAUCCAGCAGUGCUAGGAGCGAGUGCGAUCGAGCGCCUUCCCGAUCGGGUUCUCUGCCUUGCUUUCCACCCCGCCUGCCGGCCCUAGUCUCCAACUGCACAGCCAUGGAGGCCCUGGGUACUGGGAGCGACUGCACCUCCCCGGCCUCAGCCUCUGGAAAUCUGGACUUGCGACGGCUGUCCACGCGCGCCGACUCAGCCUACAGCUCUUUCUCCGCGGCGUCUGGUGGUCCGGAGAUGCGCACACCGUCUCCUAGCACCGAGCUCCUCCCUUACCUAGACUGGGACUACGUGCGCGUGGUUUGGGGCGGCCGAUCCCCUACCCGGCAGGAUGCUGUCCUUCCAACUACCCAGCGGCCCGAACCGGUAGUCGCUGGGCACAGUGGCCCGCGGCCCCCAGAGGUCCAAGGAAGCCAGGGGUCCCUGAGCAGACAGGACACCCCGCUGCUGUACGCGCUGGCCGCCGAGGCUGAGGCUGCGGCACGCCCCGCUGAGCCGCCCAGCCCCCCAGCCUCAAGGGCCGCCUACCGCCAGCGGCUGCAGGGUGCGCAGCGUCGAGUGCUGCGGGAGACAUCGUUCCAGAGAAAGGAGCUCCGCAUGAGCCUGCCCGGCCGCCUGCGGCCCGCGCUCCCCCCGCGGCCUCCCACGGUGCACGCGCGCUCCGCCUCCAGCUGCCACGAGGGAGGAGGAGAAGCGGAGCCCGCACGCACCCCGGUCCGAGCGCUGGGUGCUGCUGACCGGGGCCGUCUGGCCAGCCAGCAGCGGAUGUGCUGUUUCUCCGAGCCAGGCAAACUGCAUCGCGUGGGUUGGAGCGGUGGACCCACGGGCGAGGGCUUGAGAGAGGCUUGCUCCACCCAGGAGUUGCCGCGUGGGGCGCACGCUAAGUCCAGAGGGCUGCAGGAGACUCAGUCUCUAAGCUCAGUGGAGCUGGACUCCCCGUGCGUGAAUCGUGGCCUUGCCUGUAGGCCUGCGGGUCGGAGUAUGAGCGUUUCAGGCGAGGUCAUGAGUCCCCGCACGGGUUCAGAAAGGACUGUGGCCGCCACUGGCCAGGCUGUUCCCCAAAGGACAGAAACCCCGAGACCAUUACUUCAGAUCAAGCUUUCCAGGUUCUUGACUCAGAAAGAGGCUGCAGUGGUGUGUCCUACAGAGGCCUUCCAAAGCAGCCCAGCCGGCUGUGGUCAGAGGGUCCCCGAGACCUUCAUGGUGUCUACUCCGAACCCCUCUCUCCCUGAUGAUGAUGUGUUCCUGGAAGAAGCCGAGACACCACCAUCUCAUGAUUCCCAUGCCCCCCAGGGGCUCCCAACCAGGGAUCUCCACACCUCUGACCAGCAGGAUGAAAACGACUUGAGCAAAAAAACUGUCCAGAUUACAGCCUCAGCAGAGAGUCCCCUCCAGGAGGGCCCAGGGAUCACAAGAGCAGAUGACAAUUGGCAGGGGGUAAACGGUUCUGUGGGCUUCUCCAGACCCACAAACCACAGCCCUCCUGGGACUACAAAUGAUGACAACCUAACCUUUGACACUACGGGACUGCUGACCACUGGUCCCUCUACAGCUACAGAAAAUAAUCCCCUCAAGCCUCCUUCGGUCGAUGUCCUAUGCCCUUCAGGCUCUGAGACUUCAGGAACCCCUCACCACACUUCUCUGACCUGGGGCCAGUCUGGACCUAAGCCAACCUGGCCUAGUCGGCAUUUUGAGGAGCUGGUUCAGCAGCUGGCCAGACUGGAUGCUUCUUUGAGUGACGCUUUUGCUGCCCAGCCCGGUCCAGAGCCACCUCUGGGUCUGCUGGAUGGGCUCUUUCCUGCCACAGAGGUCUUGGCUGCCAUGAGGCCAGCCUGUGAGGAGGCUGGAGAAGAGGCCGCCGGGGCUUCGGAGGCAGGGUCCUGCAGAAGCCAGGAACUGCCGACUACCCAGGAGGCAUCAAGGUCGGAAAACUCUACCCCUCACCCUGUGCCUGACCAGUCAAGUGGCCAAGGACUCCCAAAAUCAAACAGCAUUCAGGCAGAGAAAGUGGAGCUAGCCCGCCUCCUCCAAAAGAUGCUCCAAGAGCUUCACGCGGAGCAGGAGCGCCUGCGGGGGAAGGCUGCAGACUGGACCCGAUGUCAUGGAGAUCUGGAGGCUGCAGUGAGCCAAGCCUGUACGCCCCGGGAGCUGGAGCGGUUCCGUCGGUUCAUGACUGAUCUAGAGCGCGUGCUUGGUCUGCUGCUGCUGCUGGGCAGCCGCCUGGCCCGUGUGAACCUCGCCUUGGCCAGGGCGAGCUCAGACAGCGACUCUGAUGAGAAGGCUUCGCUGCUGCAGCGCCUCCGGCUUCUGCUGCGGCAGCAGGAAGACGCCAAGGAGCUGAAGGAGCACGUGGCUCGGCGGGAGCAAGCCCUGCGUCAGGUGUUGGAGCGGGAGCUGCCCGAAGUUCAUCUGCGCUCCUAUUGUGUGCUGCUGGCCGCCAAGGCCAGGAUCCUGUCCCAGCAGCGCAGCCUGGACGACCGAAUCCGGUUCCUUAAGGAACAGCUGGACACCAUCUGGAACGACCUCAGUCAUCAUCCCCUUUCUCCUGGACUGUCCUGGGCCCCAGGAAUCCGUCCUCUGGACAAACCACUUUUUGCUACCCCUAUCUAGUUACAGGUGGUUGAGGUGAGGAGUAUUGUCCCAGCCUCACCCCCAACUGAGGCCAUGCUAUAGAGAGAGCUUUCCCUUGAGGGAAUAGGGAGGUGUCAGAAUAGGCAUUCCCAGGACACAUCUUCCCACAGUGUUCUCCUGUGGCCUUACUCAAGCUUGUAAUUAUUUGGGAAUUAAUUUAUGGGUCUUAAAAACAGCAGUAUUCAGCAGGGCAGUGAUGGUGCACACCUUUGAUCCCAGCACUCCAGAGGCAGAGGCAGGCAGAUCUCUGUGAGUUCAAGGCCAGCUUGUUCUACAAAGUGAGUUCCAGGACAGCCUGGGCUGUUACACAGAGAAAUCCUGUCUCAAAAAACCAAAACAACAACAACAAAAAACAAAAACAACAACAAAACAAAAAAAACCUGCAGUAUUCAAACCUGGCCUGGUGAUAUAGCUGUAAUCCCAGGUACAUGAGAGGCUGAGGCAGGAAGAUUUCAAGUUCAAGGCCUACCUGGGCUAGAGAUGGAGCUAAAAGCCAGUCUGGGCAACUUAGACUGUGCCUCUUAAUAAAAUGUAAAAAGAGGGAUGUAGGGGGCUGGAGAGAUGGCUCAGCAGUUAAGACCACUUGCUGUUCUUCCAGAUGGGUUCGAUUUCCAGCAUCCAUCUUGUAUGGCUCACACCCACCUGUAACUCCAGUCCCAGGGGAUCUGACACCCUCCGACCUGCACACAGGUGGUGCACAGACUACAUGCAGGCAAAACACCCCCCAAAUAAAUAAAAUUUUAAAAUAAUGUAAAGAGGAGGCUGCAGAUAUAGCUGAGUUGUAGAGUGCUUGCUUGACAUGAGACCCUAGGUUCAAUCCCUGGUACAGCAUCAACAAAAAUAAAGCAGGGCGAAUGAGUACAAACCCUGCACACACCUCUUGUGGCGUUGAGUCCCUCUGUCAGAGCUGGUGGGAGACAGAGGAGUCGAGGUAGAACACUGCAGCUUGCGAUGCAAAACAGUAUUGUGUUUUAUUUUCUAAUAAAUUUUUGGAGAGAGGCA